UAUGUUCAUAUCACAACACUGUUUCUGGGUUCUAAAAAAGUAAAACUCUCAGUAUCUCUUAUUUUUCUCUCUACCACAGAAGCACCUAGAACCAGAGAGAGAGAGAGAUCGAGCUAAAGAGGUUUCUUUUAUUUUACGAGUGAAGAUGAAGGAGAUGCAGGCGAUAGAGACGUCACAGCCGACGGUGGCUCCUCCGGCGGUGCACAGCCGACAGCUAGGAGCUCAGCUGUCGGGAAGCAUGAGUUUCAGCAGCCAAAUGUCGAAGGAAGACGAGGAGAUGUCGAGGACGGCGUUGUCUGCUUUCAGGGCGAAAGAAGAGGAGAUCGAGAAGAAGAAGAUGGAGAUUAGGGAAAGGGUUCAAGCUCAGCUUGGUCGUGUUGAAGAGGAGACAAAGCGUCUUGCUUUGAUCCGUGAGGAACUUGAAGGUUUAGCUGACCCCAUGAGGAAAGAAGUUGCUUUGGUCAGGAAGAAGAUUGAUUCUGUUAACAAAGAGUUAAAGCCUUUGGGUCAUACUGUUCAGAAAAAGGAACGAGAGUACAAAGAAGCUCUUGAAGCAUUCAAUGAAAAGAACAGAGAGAAGGUGCAGCUUAUCACCAAGCUUAUGGAGUUAGUGGGAGAGAGCGAAAAGGUGAGAAUGAAGAAGCUGGAAGAGCUGAGCAAGAACAUAGAUUCUAUACACUGACUUUGAAUCCAAGACAGGACCAAUCUUGGGGACCAGAGACCAUUCUCCGAGUGUUUUAACUCUACGUUUAGGUUUUGUGAUGGUUGAAUGUAAUUUAUAUUUUUAUAAUCGUCGUGUGUUAGUACUACUUCUAUUUCUGUUAGGGUUUGCUGGAGAAUUUAUAAUGUUCUUUAGGAAGUAAAUUUCAAAAAAAAUACUCAUCUGAGACAGGUUUGUAACUAAAAACACUACUCUCUUUCUUUCUUUGAAUCCUCUUUCUCCUGUUUGCGUCUU